AUGAUAGACCUCGCGGCGGUGUACCUCGGUGUCUUCAUCGGCGUGUUUCCCAUCACAAUGUCCAAAAUCAUUCGCCAGACCCGGAAAAUCGUCUUGCAAUCACGGACCUACCAAAACGCCUACCUCUACAUGAUAUGGAUAGAGGCCAUUGUCAACCUCGUCUUCACCAUCAUCACCUAUCUCUAUCUGAUCAAGAUCAUUCCCGGAUCCCUGGGCUUCUACUUGGGCACUGCGGGACUAUGGGCCAUCCAGACGCAGCUCCUCUCGCAAAUCAUCGCAAACAGAGUCGGCCUCAUCAUGGUCAACAAGAAAAAGGUCAAGAUGAUGAAGCUGGGUCUCGCCGGAGCCAUCCUCUGCGUCAACAUUGCCGUCGCCGUCAUCUGGCCCGCCGCCUACGAUGACCACGCCACGCCCGCGCAAAUCGAGCUCAACAACAUUUUCGAAAAGGCGGAAAAGUCCUUCUUCUUGGUGGUCGACCUCGGGCUGAACAUGACCUUCUUGUACAUGGUCCGCUUCAGGCUGAUUGCUCAGGGAUUGCACAAGUACUGGAAGCUGUUCAAUUACAACAUCGCCAUUGUUGGCGUGUCUACUGCCAUGGACGCAGCUCUGCUGGGCAUGCUGAGCUUGCCCAAUCCAUACCUUUAUGUUCAGUUCGCGCCGGUUGUGUACAUUGUCAAGCUCAACAUCGAACUCACCAUGGCGUCUCUCAUUGCCAAGAUUGUCAAGCGAUCCGUCAACCACCGACAGUUCAACAAUCACCAGUCCAGCAGAAACAAGGGAAGGAUGUACGCCAAGGUUCAAGACCCCAGCGGUUGCGUCGUCACCUCUUCCAGUAACGGGAAUCCGAGCGACACCUAUGGUAAUGACGUCGAGAUCCAAAAGGAGGGUAACGAAAGUAACAUACCGCUUGCCUAUUUCCCCGGAGAAGCUGGCAUCAUGAGAACCGUCACGACGACCGUAAUCACGGAGGCAAACCGCGAAGAUAGGUUGAACACUUGA